UUUCACAUACUUACUUUAGCUUGAAACAUCUUCAAAAUGGCAGCCUUUAGAUCCGCAGUUAUAAUUGCUUUGCUUCUCGCAAUUUCAAUAACAGUCUCUGAAUCCAGAGUUCAAAGAAAGGACCUCAGUCUUGACCUUGGUGGCAUAGGACUUGGUGUUGGAGCAGGUUUAGGCAUUGGUUUAGGUGGCGGCGGCAGUGGUUCAGGAGCUGGUUCCGGUUCAGGUUCCUCCGGCUCGAGUUCGAGCUCAAGUUCAGCUUCAUCUUCCUCUAGCUCAAGUUCAGGAUCAGGUGCAGGUUCUGAAGCUGGCUCAUCUGCAGGGUCACGAGCCGGGUCAGGAUCUGGUGGAAGUCAAGGACUUGGGUCUGGUCAAGGACUUGGGUCUGGUCAAGGACAGGGUCGUGGUUCUGGAGGCGGAGGGGGUGGGGGCGCUGGCGGGGGAAGGGGAUCAGGCGGUGGAAAUGAACCAGGGCAAGGUGAAGGGUAUGGUGAAGGGUAUGGACAUGGUGAAGGCUAUGGCGGAGGUGAUGGCAACUAGUGAAAGAUUAGUGAAUAUUAAUUAAUCGGCCUAAUGG